GUGAAGGACAGGAAAAGGAGGGGAAAAAAAGAGGAACACCACAGAUUAAAAAGCUCGCCAGGCUGCGCAGGGUGGAGAGGAUCAGAAGGAGGAGGAAGAAGAGAGAGAACGAGAGAACCAGCUUCUUUAAAGACCCAUUCAAGUACGCUCGGCAGUUGCUGGAUGAGAAGCAGAGCGGGAGGCUCCAAGGAAGAGCUCAAGAGCCAGUACAUCAAGAGCCAGUACAGUGAAGGUCAACAGACGAGCCGUCCCGCUCGGCUCCCCAGGAUAUGUCCCACGCCCAAACCCACCAGCAACACAGUUUGACACCUCCCCAGCCAAGUUGCGGGAAGUGGAGGAUGUCAUCAGGAAGGCAAGGUCAGCAUCAGCCCCCGGGCCAAAUGGGCUCCCUUAUAAGCUGUACAAGAACUGCCCUCAAGUGGUGAGGAUACUGAAGACUCAGUAAGAGGGAAAAGCGGGACCUGCACGCCGUGUGGCUAGAUCUUGCCAAUGCAUAUGGUUCAGUGCCACAUAAAUUGAUAGACUUCGCCUUGGACUUCUUCCAUGUUCCAGAGUGUGUAAAGAACAUCAUCACCAGAUACUUUGACAACCUGCACAUUUGCUUUCCGCUGGAAAGCAACUGGAUGGCAACGGCUAGAACGAGGAAUCGCCAUGGGAUGUGCCAUCUCCCCAAUCCUGUUGUGACAGCCGUCAAAGUCAUCCUCAGAGGGGCCAGGCAGGUCGUUGGAGGGAUCAGGCUACCAUCAGGGGAGAGACUCCCACCACUAAGAAGCUAUAUGGACGAUGGAGGAUGACCAUCCUUCAGACGGCACCAUGCACAACACGACUCCUUGAGCGUUUUGACGAGCUGAUCACGUGGGCAAGAAUGAAGGUAAAGGCGACAAAAUCAAGAAGUCUAUCAAUAAGGAAAGGAGUCCCCCAAGUCAAGAUCACCUUUGUGGCGGGAGGAGAGACAAUUCCACAGCUUGCUGAAAAGCCACUCAGAAGCCUGGGGAGGCGGUAUAAAAAAAAUACUUGUGUUGACAAAAAAAAGUACGUUUCAAAAUGGAGGCCCCUGCCAUUGCCUGAAGGGGCGGGGUCUAUUCGCAAAGCCAAUAUCAGAUUUGAGAGCGAACGGCACUAGAAUCGUCCACACCACGGUGUCUUUGAUGGAAAUUCGUGUGCUUUGAUGUCAAUGAAAUGGCUCACAUUACAAAGGGAUCUAACAUUAACGUAAUGAGAACUUCUCGGUGGUGUUGCGUGACACCCCUUUGGCUUUUUCUCCUCGCAGUUGUAUUUUCAGAUCUUUUCCCUCGCACAACAGCGCCCCCUUCAUCACGAAGGCCGCCGCGGUCUACUACACUUGACCGGUGAAAACAGCUCUUGUGGUUGACAGCUCGAAGGGUCCGCAGACCUCCAGGGCGCCAUCCGAGCGGCCGACGCCGAAUGGCCUCCCCCUCCACACAUGGCCGUGUAAGCGAGGAUGCGACCGCCCAGUUCCAUCAUUGUGUCGGUGUGUCUGUUCACGGCCGAGACCACUGCGGCUAUCUACCUGAGCACCACCUACACGUUUUCGGGGGACCAGUUCUGGCUGUUGCUCACCCUGCUCUUCACGCUGGUGCCGUCCUUUGUGGUGCAGCUGGCCCUCACCUUCAUCCACCGGGACCUGAGCCGAGACAAGCCGCUCACCCUUCUGCUGCACAUCCUGCAGCUCGGACCUAUCAUCAGGUGUCUGGAGGCGUUCUGGCUGUACGGCAGCGAGGGCCGUGUGGAGGAGCCCUAUGUCAGCAUCACCAGGAAGAAGCAGUUGCACCACAGGGGCCAGACUGAGGAAGUGGAGCAUCAGGUGGGACAGGCUGAAGGCAAGCUGAUCAGGCACCGGGCGGCGUUUGCGCGCACCUCCGUCAUCCAGGCCUUCCUGGGCUCUGCCCCCCAGCUCAGCCUGCAGCUCUACAUCUGCGUACUAGAGCGAGGCCUGUCUGUCGGACGAGUCACCCUGAUGGUCAUCUCGCUGCUCUCCAUCGUCUACGGAGCUCUGCGCUGCAACAUCCUGGCCAUCAAGAUCAAGUACGACGACUACGAAGUGAACGUGCAGCCCAUGGCCUACGUGUGCAUCAUCCUAUGGCGCGGCUUUGAGAUCACCACCCGCGUUUUGGUGCUGGUCCUCUUCAGCUCUGUGCUAAAGAUAUGGGUGCUCCCGGUGGUGGGCGUCAACUUCCUAGUCUUCUUCUUCUACCCAUGGAUCAUCUUCUGGAAGAGCCACUCGCCCUUCCCGGAGAACAUUGAAAAGACGUUGUCGCGCCUGGGUACCACCGUCACGCUGUGCUUGCUCACCUUUCUGUACGCCGGCAUCAACAUGUUCUGCUGGUCAGUAGUGCAGGUGAAGCUGGCCGACCCGGACCUGAUCAGCAAGUCUCAGAACUGGUACCGCAUGGCGGUGUUCUACAUGCUGCGUUUCAUGGAGAACGCCUUGCUGCUGCUGCUGUGGUACAUCAACAGGACGGACUUCUACCUCUAUGUCUGGGCCCCGCUGCUGAUGUCCCUGCUGCUGCUGGCCUACACCGCCGCUGUGUUCUUCAUGCUGGUCUUCUACCAGUUCUACCACCCUUGUCGGAGUCUCUUCACCUCCAGCAUGAGUCACGGCAUCACCGACUGCUGCGCCCUCAUCUGCGUGCCGUGCAGCUCCACCGAGGAAGGCGGCCAGCCCGGCAAGGAGCCCGGGGGGGUGGCAGCAGCUGACGACGUGCGCUGCGACAUUCCCGACGACACGGCCGACGUAGGCGCGGUGAACGGCGACGUCAGCUGUGUGCCUUCGCUUUGAAAGUGCCAUUCCAGUUCCUGACUAUGUUUACACCUCUAACUUUUUUAUCGCUCUCCCACAGGUAGGCCGCUACCUGCAUCAGCGUUCCUUUUUUUACACAAUUAUGCAGCCCUGAACAGCCGACAAAAAGAUGUGCUGCAUUUAUAAUGUUUGUAUUUAGGUGUGGGCAAAAGUAUUGGGAUAUCUGACUGUUCAGGAAGUGGACAUGGAAGAUGGACUUUUCCAGGUCACAGGUCGCCAUCACCGAUCUGGUCCAACCCAGAACGUGGGACAUCCGCCAUCUUUUUUUUCUUUGUUUUGUACAAACAUCACCAUCAACAGGAUGAGGACAAAUUCAACCUUCCCGAUUUCCCCCAAACUCAGAAUCACAACCCGCUCUUAGACACUGCCUUGAAAAGCCGACAUGUCGUCCUUUUUUUGUACAAACACCAAUACAGAAUGCGACGACUUGUUCCCCAAUCUACUCCCACAAUGUUGGAAUUUCUUUUCCUGUGUAAAAGGCAAAGGCUGGUUGAAGGGGAACUGCACUUUUUGGGGGGAAUUUUGCCCAUCAUCCACAAUCCUUAUGUGAAACAUAAACACGUAUUUCUUGCCCUUUUCUGUGCAUUAUAACACGAGAAAACGUGUUAAUAUGAGCUAGCUAACAACGGAUGUCAUGGGAAAUACCUAUUGUGACGUAAAUCCAUCUAAAAAAAAUCCCUCCAAACAAGUUUCCCAUUUAUAUAACUGACUUGUAUAUUAACCAAGCUACAGCGAUAUUUUUGUAGGAUAACUGUAACUAUAUUUAUCUGACGGACUAACACAACGCCUUGCCAAGCGCUAGUCAGUGUCAUUCACAGACGGAAGAGUGGAUACUAAGCUCUCAGUUUCGCUAAAACGACUCACGAUACUCGUUUGCCAUCAGCAUUUUUUUACAGAACUAGCAUAAGUAUGUGUAUUAAUGUGUCCUAGGAAAGAAGUUUUGGUAGCAUUUUAAAUCAUCAAAAUACAGCAAGAUACUGCAACUAUUACAUGUUACGACGUUGUUAGAGGUGAAAUAGGUGUAGUGUAUCCCAAUGACGUGCAUCGUUAGCUAGCUCCUAUUAACUCAUUUUCUCAUGUUAUAAUGCAUAGAAAAGGGAAAGAUAAAUAUGUUCAUGUUUCACAUAAGGAUUGUGAUUGAUGGGCAAAAAAGUGCAGUUCCCCUUUAAAAUGCUUCUGCUGCAGGUCUUGGUUUUGCAGGAUCUCUUGCUGAUGUGUCCCAGCUUCUGAUGAAUGAAUCCAGAGACUUAGCCCAACACUUUUGCCCAUAUUUGGCAUGCAGCUUUGUGUGCAUGGAGCCCCCUAAUUCCAACCUGGAUCGCUCAGAUCCUCCUUUUAUCGCUUUUAUGGCUGCAAGCAACCAACAAUGAAAGCUUUAUAAUACCUGCUGCUGUUGUGUGAUACAGUAUUUGCGCUUAAAAAUCACAAAGCACUGAUAUUUUGGCACAAAGUAUAUACUCCCAAGCCAGAAUUGUGACAGAAAAUGAUUUGAUUGCACCCUUCCAGCUUUUUAUGUUUGUCAGUUUCAUGUCUAUAUGUGUGAACAGAAAUUAAUUUUGUACAAGGAAAUGUAGUAUUUUUGCUUUUGUUUCAGUGAUUUUGUUGUUUAUUGCACAGCUUUUUGGAGCUCAACCAGAUGGAAUGCUGUGAAUGGAUGGAAUUCUACUUAAAGUAAAGGUAUGUCUGUACUUCCAACUACUUAUUUUUCUUACUCGAGCACACACUCCUAUGGCCGUCUCUCGUGGUCAAAAGCAGAACGGCACACUUCAUCCGUAGCUGGCAACAUGACUUGCAGUGGUGAUAUGUGGCACACUUGUAGAGCAGGAGCCCACAGGGGUCAGGGUAGCUGGAAAGCUAACAAAUUCCCAUGUGCACAGCAUUUAGUACAAGGGUCACUGUCAAGAGAAAUGGACAUCUGCCGAUCUUGCUCUGGUGGGUGUGGUCAUGAGGGCCGUGAAAAGGCACUGAAAAU